CAUUUAUUUGUUGAAAUGUCAAAUAAAAUGAUAAAAUUGAUAAAAUAUAUCAAUAUAUUUUAAUAUAUAAAAAUGAAGAAAAGUGCAAAUAAUGGUUGAAUCAUGUUAAUUAACUUUGUGUUUGUGUGUAUUUAUAAAAGCAUUAAAAAAUUUGUUAUAGAAUAACUAGUAAGCUUAUAAAAAAUGGAUUCAAUUACCUCCGAAAACUUUACACCUUUGCCCAAUGUAACAUCCAAAACUUCUUUAAAUUUGGAAGACAUCAAAAUGGAUUCAAACUUCGCCUUGUUAUUAUGCAGCUUGGUUUUUGCUGUUUCUUGGGUUAUAUAUAUCACAUAUUACAAUUCAAGAGUGAUAGGAUACAUUAUUACAAAAAUCGUUAACAAACUUUUUAUUGGUGAAGGUUACUUUAAGAUUGGCUCUUUAACUCUUAAUGCUCUUUCUGGAAAAAUAAUGUUUCGAGACGUUGUAUAUAUUACUCAUGACUAUACUUUAAGAGUUCAAGAUGGAUAUUUAAUCUUUAGAUGGUGGAGAUCUUAUGUACCUAAGGAUGUGAGUGAAGAUUUAUCCCAUUCGGAUACAAGACUGUCAGUGAUGCUAAAUGUUUUUGAAGUGCAUGUUUAUAACCGCUCUGAAAUUUACUCUAGAUUGGAAAAGGUGUUUGAUUUGGACCCUAAUAUUUUUCCCAAUAGCGACAAAUUUGAUGCUGAUCCUGAGAGAAAUGAAAAUGAAGCUCAAAUAGUAUCCAAAAAGUCAACGAAAAAACAAAAACCUGAAGCAGCAAUGGCAAAAACGUGGAGAGAUUUAAUACCAGUCAUUAAAUGUGACGUUUCUUCUGGACGUGUAGUGUUUGGAAAUCGCUUAGUGCCUACAACUUUGAGCAUUACAUUUGAAGAAUCCCAUUUUGUAUAUUCAACUAAACCAGCUGUAUGUACACUUGAUAGAUUCAUGCAUUUUGUUAAAUGUAAGGCUGAAAAUAUGAAAGUAAUGCUGGCACCCAGCAUAAAAUAUACAGGAAUGUUAGAUGAUCCUCCAAGAUACAUGGGCGAAGGUUUUGUUUUGAUGUCAACAAAUGACCUAGAACUUUACUUUUACAUGGACGAACCAGGACUUGUUCCCGAGGAACCUGUUUUAAUAACUUUGGCUAAUGGCGAAAUAGUUGAACCUAGUCCCCCACAGUGGGGAGUUGAUAUUAAAUGCGGAAAAGGAACGGAUUUCAGUUAUGGUCCAUGGGCAGAUAGACAGCGUGAACAUCUUUUCAAAUUUUUCUAUCCCCAAGACUUUCUACCUAUGGAAGUAACAGAAUCUCCUAAACCUGGUGAAAAAAGACAAAUGCAAUCGUUUGAUAUAAGACUGGUUAUGCAGAAUGAUGCUACUAUUGAUGUGCUAUUUACCAAAGAUAAAGAAACAAACGCUGUACAUUUUAAUGUGGGUGCUGGUAGCUAUUUAGAGGUUACAAUUCCAUGGGUAACCACUCAAGAUGGUUACACAACAGUGAUUAAAGGCCAACUGUUACAUCUCGAAUCAACUACUAGUUUACAAUUUCGGGACUUUGUAGAUAGCGAAACUUUAGAGUUCUCAGUUUUGUGCCAUUAUCCUAUAGUAUGGAAUGAUCAUCAGUUGUGGGAGGUUAACCUUACAGGAUGCAAAGCAACUGUCAAUCUGAUUUUCUUCCACAAAUGGUUCUUUACAGAUUUAAUAAAUGAUUGGGCAUCAAAACAGCGUCCAGACUUAAUGCAUUUUGUUCCUUACACAUGGCGGUUCGGUUUAACACUGAAGCAUUGUGAAUUAUUAACUCUAGUCAAUCAAUAUAAUUGGAUAGACUGUAGUAGUGUAGGACAAAGAAAUCGUUUGGAAAACACCCAGUUUGCUCUGUGCGCUCACUUCCUACAUCUGUCUUUUGAUUUACCAUUUGAUGAAUAUUUACCGACCACUGUUCCUGUUAAUUUGUCCAUUCAGGGCGAAAGUUUAGACUUAAGUCUGUUCAUUCCGGAAUUUCACACUAGUCGUAACAUUGUUCAUGCUUUGGAUAAACACGCUAAAGUUUUGUCAAAAGAUGGUUCGACAACUAAAAAGACUGAAGUUAUUCCAAAAUGGAGGAAUAUUUGCCAAAAAAGCGCGGGUUGGAUAGACUUUUGGUGGGUACCAAUUGGAGCCAUAAACAUAGUCUACACUUAUCACCCAUCGCCACCUUUGGGUCCUCAACCGCAAGCAAAUAUUUCAACACCUGUCAAAGAGGAAAUACUUUUGUCGCCUAUACGAUUUCCGCACCAAAGAAAAAAUAGAAAACGAUCUCCAGACGGAACGAAGAAAUUUGAUCCGACUACUUUAGAGGCUGAUACUGUGAGCGUUGAGUUGGAGAUUGGACCAUCAGUGGUUUUGGUUUACGGAACUGCUUUAAACAAUUUUAUGAAUUUCAAGGAAAACAUAUUUGGAGAGUUUCAAAGCUUUACAGAUAUGCAAAAGGUUGUCAACUUGGAUAACACAGGAUCAGAUUUAAAGUCUGAAGAUAGCAAUGCAAACAUUCCAUUAGAACUCCGAGAUGAUUUUGAUCAUCGAUACUACAGACCUCUAUCUGUCGAUGUGUCGAUUAUAAUGCAUGACAUUCAAGCUCAUCUGCUUAAGAAUUGUACGGAAAAAGAUCCUCCUUGCCCUGUGAUAUUAUGUGAACGAUUUGGAUUUGAAAUGAAGAAACGUUUUGAUCAGACAGAAUUACAAAUGUUAUUGAGUCCAGCGGUUCUAUUGGUAUCUGAUAAUUUAAAUAGAUCUGCAAAAGAUAAACACUUAAAUCAAGGAAAAUUAACAUUAUCAUCUUUGCAGAUUAGAGGACAUGCAAUGUUUUCUGAUGUCGGUCAAACACUUGAUCAAGAUACUGUGGAAUAUGCUUGGUUAGUAGAAAUUCAGUUGGGUAAAUUAAGUGGUAAACUCACCUCUCCACAACUCUACACCAUUCUUGCAUGCCUAGAAACCUUAAUACUUCUAAUAACUGAUGAUGAAAAUGAGUUGAAUAGUCCAAAAGAUGAUUUGGUAUUGAGCCAACCAGUAGUAAAAAAGAAAAGUGCGCAUGUACCUAAUGUUCACGUUCAACAUGUUCAGCAUGCACUUCAACAAUUACUGCAACCAAAGAAUAGUGCAAAUGUUGCUGGUAAAGCUGGACAAACAUCAAAUGUUUCCAAUAGAAUUGGUACACCGUUGGGUCACUUAGCAAGCCAGAAAAGUUCUGCAAAAGCAGACAGGAGAAAAGAUGAAGAUAAAAAAGGAUCUAUUCGAAGUAGCGUCAUAACAACUACUGAAACCGAGGCAUCUUUCAGUGAACAUAAACUUAAAUACAAAUUGUGCAGAGUAGCAGUGGAUGCUGUAGAUUUUUGGCUUGUUGAAUCUGGAGCUGCACUUCAACUAUGGAUGUCUCCUGUUCGAUUAGCAAAUUGUAAUUUACAUGGAAAACAAGUCAGUUCAGGACUAAGUUGUAUAAUAUACAGUAUGUCUCUAAGACAGCUCGUCUGGCAUCCACAUAAAUACAACCACUCAAAGGUUAAUUAUGAGAAUAAUGACUUAUGGCUAGAAGUAGGCGCAGUAAACCUCGGACCUCUUAUCAUAGAAUCUGCCAUAUCAACAGAUUCGAAAGAACCUAAUUUACAUAACGAUCAGCAGAAAUUUCUUAAGAUGCAUGAUGACCGAUUAAAGAAACUUUGGUUUUUAUGGCCAAAUCUAAACAAAACCACUGGAAAGUGCGGGUGUACUGGCGGUUGCCUCUUUUUUGGUAGCAAUACCAAUGGCACAAGAUUUUUCAAACCCAGCAAAAAGGAUUUAGAAGAGGGGAUGAAUGUGGCAGCUUUCAGAAUUAACCCUCCUGGUAAAGAUCUUGGAUAUGGUCAGAGCAUUCUUCAUGAGGGUAUGUUAAUCUUCCGGACUCCUCCGUAUAUCAUAUCUGAAAUAACUCUACAAGACACCCAAAUAGGAUUAAAACAAAGUAGAAAAUGCUGCGAUAGUCCAAAAGCUUUUCACUUAGAAAGAGAAAAUACAAUUGAAAGAGAAAGUGUUUCUGCAGAGAAAAAAGCUAAUAGAAGGUUUUCAACAACUUCCAUUAAGAGUGCUAAUUUAAAAGAGGUCCCAUAUUCAAGAUUAAUUGAAACCAGUCCUGCUAAUUUACCACUGAAACUGGAUAGUGACUCAAAAUUACAAUGUGAUAAAAGCACACUUUCUGUAAGUGGUGUUGGAGCAGAACUACUGCCAAAAAAUAGUGUUUCCGAUUCUAAAUUGGCCGUUGAUUACUUCAGUGCGACUUCAUUGGAAUCCAAAGAAGCAUUUUUCAGCAGUCAAAGUGGUCCCCCAAGUACUGAUAUUUCUGUGAAGCCAAAUUUUAACAAACAACCAUUCGUAGUUUCUGAAUCUCACAAUUCAUUGAGCCAGAUGAGUUCAGAUGAAAAAUUUCAGCAAGAAGUUCAAAGAACCACUUCCAUGUCCAGUGAAAAUCAUUCAGAAGCUUUCUUUUCAGCCGACGAAGAUAUACAUUUUAAUUCUGGAAGUUCCAGUCUCAGAAAUUCUAUCCUAAGUUCAGGAGAGACAUUAGUUAGACAAGACAGUAAUAGUGUCCCUACUCAACGAAAGAAAUUUUCAAGUGAAUUAAGUAUAGCUACAGACAGAAAUGGUGUGAAUUCCCUUAAAUCUGGACAGAUUAUUGCACCAAGUUCAGUACCCGAAACAUAUAGAUUAAAACUAUCAUCUCAUAGAAGCGACCACGAAAUUCAUACACCUGAACAUAGGAGUUUUACAACAAAUAACAAAUUUGAUGAUUCGCAACGAACAGUUCAGGGACUUGUAACGCCUCAUCGAUAUCCUAACGUGCGACCAGUCAGCCCAAAGGUUCUCCCAGAAUCUCUUGGCUCGAACGACAGUCCAGUUCCAGAAAAUAACUCUGCUACCCCCAUUGACCCUUUAGUUGAUUCUUCUGACAGUUACAGUAAUAACAGCUACGCAUCUGCAGUUGGUAGCCAGGAAGAUUUCACUUUGGUUGAUUUGCAUAUGCAAGUUAAUAGACUUAUAGUCGAUUCGCCUAUGUUAAUGUCAAGCUAUGUUACUCACUUAACCCAAGUCAGAUGCAACAACUGGGGAAACACUGGUCAAAGCGACCAAUUUUCUCAAAAUUUGUUUGCGAAGAAUCAGGAAGAUAAGUUAGUAUAUGUUGGUGCUAGGUUUGUUCCUAAUAUGGAAACUGUUAGCGAUGGAAUUACUUCCUUAAAAAUGGUAUCAAGAUCCGAUAAUAUAGUAAAUAAUAAAACUCCCACUUCUCCUUUUAUGUACGUUUGGGAUCAAGAAGAUGUCGAUAAUGAAACGGGUUCUUUUCAAGAAGAAGAACUAUUAAGUGGUCAAGGUGAUACAGGUUCACGGAUCAUUUUUGUUGUUAAAUUAAAAGGUGAUUUGGAUGUGAUGAUCAGUCCACUGCUUCUAGAAACUUUACAACGAUUUAUAGAUGCGCUCACUCCAACUGUAUCAAACCUACAUCCUCUCACUGUAAUAAACCACAUUCAUACUUCGUGCAUUGGACAGGUCGAAUCCGCCAAUAUUUUAAAAACUACCGAAAAUGUUGCGAAAUUAUGUCAACCGCCGAGCGAAGACGGCAAAAUUAAAGCUCUAAAUGUUUACGAAGAAAAUGUUAAAACACAAUUACAAGCUGCCAUAUUUUUACCAAAGGUGAAUGUUACUUUACUUCAAGUAUCCAUUGUAGAAGAAAUUAUUUCGUUUUCAGCUCUGGAUAAUAUUAAAGAUUUAACUUGUGUGUCCUUGUUCUCAGUUUGUUUUGACAAUAUUACAGUGAAAUUACACUGCGAUAAACAGGCCAAGGAAGUUCUACAAAAAUUUUUGAGGCCAGCUGUAGUGCGCAGUGGCAGUAAAAAGGGCGCCAACAGGGCAAAGUUAUUGCUCGGGUUCCAAACUAAUACCAAUUCCGAUGUUAUACAAUGCGACCCUGUCUUCAUAGAGAGCUGCGAGAAGCAGCAACAACAACUGGUGGUUAGUCUUAACAUUGGAAAAAUGCACGCCCAGUUAAGAAGAUUGAGAAAUGAGAGUUCGUUAUUAGAUGACGCUAUAAUUACCGCCAUUCCUAAUUACAAAUCUAAAGUUUUAUUUACACCAACUAAAGUCAGAGCGUUGCAUAGAAGUAUGGAGUAUUAUUUACAGUCACCUAUUCCAGAAAAUCAGAAUUGUCAAACCGACGAUAUUGGCAUAGAAGACAAAUUGGGUUUUAUAAUGUUUGAAUGUGGCCUAGAGGGAGUUACUAUAAAAAUUGUCAAAAAGUCUCUAUUCGAACACGUGGAAGACGAUCCUCAACCCAUUAUUGAUAACACUGAAACUGUAGACCCAUCUGACAAGUCCACUCAUACCACACCAAGACUUUCCGAAUUCAAAGCUCAGGUACUUUUAACACCUAAGGUCAAAGAAAAAGAGAAGAAACCUCAAGAAGAAGCAAAUGUAAAGCAAGAAAAGGAGAGAGAAAAUAAAGAGAUUAACACUGCAACCAAAGAUAAUGGAAAUGUUUCGUCUUGUAUAAUUGAGUUUAAAGUGGUUUGGUUUAAUUUUGCUGCACCUCCAAGAGCGCCAAUCACAAGAAAAAUUGACUAUACUAGAUUGGAUUGGAACUUAUUAAGCACUGCUUCCCCUGCUAUCAACGCUUGGAUGAAUCCAAGUAACAGACUAGCUAUAAGAGUAGUUCACAUGGUUAGAACAAUGUAUAAAAGAUCCACUGCUACAAUUGCUUGUCUAAUGGCAGAAGCCCUAGAAGGUCAAAGAAUAACUCUUACAAAGAGCCGUUAUGGGAAAUUAACUCCAUUAGCACAGACUCUGCAAGAAGAUCCAAGCUUGCAACUGUGUUCAAUAUUACAAAAAUAUUAUUUAGAAGCCGAAUCAGCUGCUAUCGAAUCAAACCUAAGAGAAUCUGAAAUACCUCAACUUUUUACGCUUAGACAAGGAGUUAUAGUUCUAAGCAGACAAUGGAAGAACACCUUGUACACUCCAUUAAUGCCACAACAAUCACUGAAAAGUCGCAUCAAACCCGUUAAUGUUACAAUAACAGUACCGGAUAUACAAGAGGUGAACCAUAAUUAUGCGAAUGACUAUAGAGUUGUAAGAAACACCCAAACAAAGGAAAUGUUUAAUACUUUGCAACCUUCGCCUCAUAUUUCAAGGUUUGGUGAUUCAUCCAACAAUACACCACAAGUGGCAGUUGUAUCUGGAGGGGUAGAAAGUAUUUUAACUUCUCCAAGUCCGCCAGUACCUCAUAGAAAACGUAGAAAGAGCGCUCUUCCUCCUCUUCAACCCCCUAACAGUAGCAGAGCUAGUGUCGUCUUACCGCUUUUAACUAACGCUCAUUUAUUUUCAUCGAAACGUCCCGAAGACGGCAUAUGUUACGGUACCCUUCGAGGUGAAAAAACUUUCGUUAAUAUGGGUUCAGAUCCAAGUGAUGCCAAUAGUCACUCGAGUCCAGAGUUGCCAUCCAGUCCUUUCCAUCGCAAUUUACCCCAAGAUCAUUCUUCGGAAGAUUUAUACAGUUGGAUGGCUAAGCAAGAUGCUGUCACCGCAAAUUUAGAAGAAGGAUUAGACCUCGGCACUGAAUAUAACGAUAUGGUGCUUGGGAAAAGUAAUUCCGGCUGCUUAGAGUCUAAAAUAGACACAAUGGACAUACCUACAACAUCUGAUCCUGAUACGUUACCAAAAGAAGUACCACCUGCAGGAGCACCUCUAUAUCCUAUUCAAGAGUCUGUUCGACUUCUAGAUGCAAACCAAGUAUUUCAGCCGCUGCUUUCUGGUCUUGGAGUUAUGCCACAGCAGCUCAGAUUCACUACAAUGUCCGAUUCAAAUGCAGGAAACGAUGUGACCACCUUGGAUGCUCUGGGAUCAAAUUUCUGUCUUGUAGGAAACAUGGAAACUAUGAGAAUUGAUAUAGUAGUGUCAGAGCAUGGAAAAAUUGAGAAGAAAAAAGGAAAAAACAAAGGAAAAAGAAUGUUUAUUGAAGUCGUUCCAGAUGAAUCUCCAGCGUUUGUAUGCGAAAAGGUUGGUGUCGAAUUAGAAAUUGACAGAAUGACAGACAUGGCAGUGAAUGAAAUGAUGAAGACUAAAAAUGUUCUCUACAUAUCCAGAGGACAAUUGAAAAAUCAUACAAGUACAGUUAUCAACUUUACUAUCGCCGUCCGAUAUAUCCAUCAAAGAGUCAACAUGCCGUUACUACGUCUUUUACAUCAGAUCAGCAAUAUGUACCAGAAUGUCAAGGAUACUCAGAAUGAAUUGAGAGAGCAACACCCAGUUGAUAUUAGACGACCAAAAACCAGUGCGAGCGAUCAUGCUGAUAUUAAACAUCAUUCAUCCACCUCGGAUAUUCAUUACCCUGCAACAGAUUUAUCAAAACAGCUCAGUUUGAAAAUAUCAGAUCCUGGUUCCUACUCGUCCCAAAAUAAGCCAAUAAUUUCUCCUUCGCCCAGUAUUCGAUCGCGCCCUCAAAGCUUUGCACAAAAACUACGCUCCACUGGAAAAACAGUGAAAGGUUACGUAAAUUUAAGUGAAGGCGCUGGUACGCCAAUGACUAUGUCUACUCCCUCAGGAUCAGCAUUGGAACAUAUAACAGUUUCCUCAGAUAAAAGUACCGGACGAUGCUGGAAAACUAUUUAUUACUUAUUGGAGUUAUACGCUAACAUGCCAGAUACUAAGACCAUACGUCACAGAUUUUCUAUCGGAACAAACGAUAUAUCUGAACAUUAUAAAGGAAAUAAAAAAUAUGACAUUUUAACUGAAAUGAGAUCAACCGAAGAUAUGGAUAAAUCUGAUAGUAAUGCUCCAUUACCAAACGUUAAAGAUGCUACCAAACCUAAAGGUUUCUCCAAUGAACAUACCAAACUAAUAGUCUUUGGGGUCGCAAGAAUUCAUCGAACUAGACUUCUAGCCACCCUAUCUGGUUUAAAAUUAGAAGCUGAAAUAACUAGUCUACAUUCGAGCUUAACUUGUCGCAAAAAAUCGAUUCCACAAAUUCUAGAAUGUUCAUUAACCGGUCAAAUAGGAAGAACUAUGAUCGUAUUACUCGAAGGAGUUGCUCCAAAUCUACAGACCGUUGUGAAAGUAACAAUUGGAAAGUCCCAAGCCUUAUAUUCCAGCAUUACGAAACGUCAGAAGGAUAAAAAUUCUGGACUUUUGACCGUCGGAGCAGUUAAUAUAGAUAUACCGCAACAUCCAGUCGCUCUUCACGGAAUGGUAACGAGAGGAAGCAAACAACUGAGUUCAACGUUACAAGAAUUACGAGUUACGAGAACUUCUAGUCGCAUGUCGAAAUUGCCCAUGGAAGAGGAACAACAAAGUUCACCAAAUCAGCAAGUGAGAGACGAACCUGUACAAAGUGCGACGUUUAGUAAAACUGAUGUAUCCGAAAAAGGUCUACUACAACCUUUAGUGAUGCAAUUUUCUAUUAUAUUACAGAGUUUAAGCAUAACGGCGGCUCUUUUGCCAUCCCUACAAGCACAAUACAAAAUGGACCAAGUCAAUAGCACAGGAUUUACGGGAAACAAAGCGAGGUUCACUAUUGAUCUACCGCAUCAUUCUCUUAGCUUUACAACGAAGCUACCGCAAGGUUACAAUCAAAACGAAAAGACUGAUACUAAUUUACCAUCAGAGGCUAGUAUAGCUCUACCAGCUGUUCACGUAGUAGCAGAAUAUAUCCCAGAAACUGCGGCUGGCGGUUUAAGAGAAGGCCAUCGAGGUCCCGAAGGUGUUAUUUUUAGACAGGGAGGAUAUUUAAAUGCAAACGCCGACAUUGGUGUCUUUGAGCAUAGUCUUAGCACGGAUCUUCUAAAUCAUCUUGUUUUCGUUCAGAAAGUUUUUAUGAAAGAAGUUAAUGAGGUAGUUCAAAAAGUGUACGGAGGUGAACGACCAGUACCAAUAUGGUUGGAAGAUUCAGAAGAACCAUCAAACAUUAAUAGACUAUUAUUUUCAUUAGUAAUUAAAAUGCAGAGGAUGCAACUUACUGCCACCACAGCAGGCAGUUCUGCCGUGCGUUUAGAAACAGGUGCUGUAAUGUUGGAGUUAUCUAAUAGGGUUCAAAAUUUAUCCGGUUCGACGAAAAGAAAUUCAAGCACUAGACUUUUUGGAAAAGCUCAAGUUGAUUUAAAUGUUUCUUUGGGACAGUUAAUAAGAAAUGCAGUAUUUGAAGAGGCUGAUAUAGAAUACCAACCUGUGGCGUUCUUUAAUACCCGAAUUGCUCUUAGAAAUGCUUUUCAAGAUGAACUAAUUGAAGGAGAAGACAAAGAGGUCGUUCUUAUAACUCUUAAACGGCCUCUUAUCUAUGUCCAACCAGUAGCUGUGGAUAAAGCCAUUCUUGUAUGGUUAAAUUACAAAAAUGCAUAUGAAUAUUGGACCGAAAAACGUGCAAAUCUCAAUAAAGAAGUUCUUGGUGCGACCCAACCAGUCUACGAGAAAUUCCAAUUUGGACAGCUGAGCCAGCUGGGUGGACCUUAUGUUGGAACUCUAUUUUUGCAACUUACUGUCGAAGAUAUGGGAAUUUGUUUGCCAUUGAAUCCAUUGCCUUUAGCUACGUGGAGUCAACGGAAUGUUUAUGAUGAUAAUAAUAGAGGAGCCGUUGUUAUUACUUUAGAGAACACUAAUAUAUCAGCCUGCAAUUCUGGUUCACUUGUUAGCAAGGGAAAGUUCUCGAAUCUUUGUCUACGGUUUGCUGACGAUUUCGAAAAUUCCCUAGACGACUGGAAGCCAGAUAUGACGGAUUCCUCUAUAAUGAACCUUUGUGUAGUAACCGAAGGUACCUACGAAGUCUGCAGCAGAACGAUUGCAGCUAAACAACCCAUUGAAAACGCCAAAUGGUUCUUGAAUGUUCAGUGGCAGAUGGAAGGUGUGGAUAUUCAAUUGGACACUAACGUGGGCAAACAAUUGUCAGCUUUAGGUCACACUUUGACAAUGUUGACAGGCGCUGAAGACGCCGGCGGAAUUCCCUUAGACUACGAUAGUGACGAGAACGAACCAGGAGAUGGCACUAGGGCGUCACAAGAAAGUAUUUUACCAGCUUUCAUGUUUGAUCCAUCAUUAGACAACAGAAGCCGAUCCAAACUUAUAGAAAAAGAGAUGAACGAGCAAGCAAAAAUAAUUAACGAUCUUAGGUCCCUUGGUGCUUCCCACGGUACUAUAGAAAUGGAAUUGAGGAGGUUGCAAGAACUAGAAACAAUGGUUUAUAAGGAUUUUAGAAGGGAUAUGUUGUCGAAACUUCGACGUCAGAGUGUAAGAGCUUCAUCAAUCAAAGGAAAAUUUGGCUUGGGUUCAAAAACAAACAGUUUUAGAUCGAAAUCGUUUGUCGUACCCAGUGCAAUGCCCGAAGGAAGGGACAGGUCAAAGUCUUUAGUAGUAGUUCCUAGUACGAUUCAUGACAGAGAUACGAGCCCGGAAAUAGCAAAAACCAGCCUUGAAACAAAUGUAGCUAGUAGCUAUGAAAGUUCACCUAAAUCUGGACCAUCACGAUCCGCGUCUUUAAGGGUAAAAGCUGGAGAUGCUGGUCCUAGAGUGACCUUCAGUGACACUCAGACGAUGGGAAGGCAAAAAUCUUUACCAAGCGCUAGUUCAGAUUUGAGUUUACCAGAAACCCAACUAGGUGAUUGGGUGGAUCAAAUAGAUAUAGAUGGAGAAACGGUAACACUUCGAAAGAAACUACCAGCAUCAUACGAGUCUGUCGAGGGAUCUAUUUUAACUGAUUCCUUUUCCGAUGUUACUCCAAACUCCCAUUUUCAAAGCGGAAACAUGAAUACCUCCAAUAUGCAACAGAAAGCACAAGAGCCAAAUAUUGAUCUUGAGUUAGAUGUUAAAGUAUUCAUAAAUAGUGGAAAAUGUGCGUUACAUACUAAAGAUCCACUUCGAGAAGAGGAAGCCAAAAUAACUCGUAUGAGGAAAGACAGAAGCUGUUCCGCCGGUCUUCUAGAAUUUCCAACGACCGCUAGUCCGGAUGCGAUUCGUAAAAAUAAAGAAAAAAUAUCUGGUCAAUAUAGCGCUUCAAAACUCAAAAAUACCCACACGUCUAUUUCUGACAUCACAAUCUUUCACAUACCUGGUAUGGAUGUCAAAAUUCAAUAUCAAUCUAAGGUCAUCACUGAAGAUAGUACCACUGAGAGAACCGAACCAUCACCAGAUUUCGACAGGGCAUUCCAACAAGCCCCAAAUAAGUCGCAUACAGAAUCUGAUCAAGUAAGAAUUGACAGAGCAUUUAAAAGGCAAGAAUCUAAUCCAGUCGAUGUGAAACCGAAAUAUCCAUCAGAUUUGGAAUUGAAAGGUUCUAGCUCUAUGCAAGGGAUUACCAACCCCAAUUAUGGACAUAGCCCUACAUCUAGCAAGACUAGUCUCGAUGAUCUUCAAUUUGGCAACUUUACACCCCAUAACGAAUUUCAAAAACCUCCUAAUAUGACGUUUGUUAAAAAAUCCGGAGUCAAAAAGGCAUCUCUAUUUGCUUGGAUGACUUUACAGAGCGUGCCAGAGGAAACGAUUAUUAGUCCGCACAUUCUUGAGUUCUUAGAGCAGACUCUGGAACCAAUUCCAGUCAAAACCAUUACUGAUACAGAUACGUCUCUUUUGACAACUGAGCAAGAUUUAACAAAUUACGGCAACUAUGUAUACGCAAGUUUUCCAGUUGAUGUUAUAGUAUAUUUUCACAUGCAACCCAGUACGUUCAGAUUCAGUUGCUUGCCAGUUUCGAGAGUCGAAUGCCUUCUUCAGUUGCCGUCGUUAGAUAUAGUUUUUAGUUCAAAAAGAGCAGAAGACGAACUAAUUUACAGCGAAUUUGGCGACGGAGCACCUAACACAGCAGCGACCGCAGUAGGCGGCUUAAGCGUUACGAGUUGUCUAUCUGACUUCUCCGUUUAUGUUUUUCACCCAUAUGGCGGCAAAAAGUCCGCCAUCAAAGAAGCCCAGUGGUCGCCGUUAUCGGAUAGUGAACGAAAAGAUUCCUUAUCUAUUAAUGUAGAAUUUGUUAAGUUCCACCUGUCUCGAUCAAGGAUGUUAAAUUUUAAACAGGAAACAGCUAAAGGGAAGGGUGGAGAUCAAAGCCGAGCUGUCAUCAGGUUUUCUACUAUUAUUGAUAUUGGUUCGGCAUCUUUUAAGUAUGAUAUGCGAAGAUUAACAGAAAUCUUGGCAUUCCCUAAAGCUUGGUACAGACGCUCCAUAGUAAGAAGAAUGUUCCUUGGAGAUUUGAGCAUGUCUACACCAUUUAGUGAAGAAGACGAUUCAUUUACGUCUCAUGCGUCACCAAACCUAUCAAGAAGCCAUGAAAGAUCUAGUAAAUCAGAAAAGUCCCCUCUGCUUAGUACAAACGAACGAAAAUUCGGUUUGGACUCUCAACAGAAACUAAAAGAUAUGGGUAAAACCUUCAGUUGUGAUUCUAACACCCAACCAGACACGCCCAGUCCAUCGGACCAAAAAAAUUUAGCUGCUUGGGAGACCUUAGUUCUUUUUGCUGUCAACUUUAAAAAAUUAAAUGUCCACAUGAACAUGGGAAAUGUUAUGGGCAACGUUUCAUGGAUGACAAAAGAAUUUCGAAGCGAUGGACGGUUAAGUAUAGGAUCAACUGGUCACAAAAAUCUUUACAUCACUUUGGGAUUAGGAGGAUCUGGUUUAGAUGCUAAAGGUGGUAUUGUAGGCGGAAAUAUUGAAAUAUCCCGUAUCAACACGUACAUUUAUAUUCGAGAAGAAGCAAAUGUCGAACCAGAUCACAAAUUUUGUUUGCGACUACAAGCCCUUGAAUUGCGUUUAGAUUACAUGGCAACGUCAGUGUUGAUGUGUAGGGUUAGCGACUUAAAUGUUAACCUAAGAGACGAAUGGAAGCUAAAUAAAAUAACGUCAAAUAGAGAUUCCUUUAUGCCAACACGAAGACCUGCAAAUAUUUUUAUGCAUGGUGUACUUGGUUGGGACCAAUUGCAAAUGAUGAUAUCUAAAUCAACGACAGCUGAUCUAUUAAAAAUGUUUAACAAAUUGGAAGAGUUCUUUUCGCAACAAUUUAACAGCAGCAAAAGAGCAUUUAGCGGUUUUGCAGGAUCUUCUAGACCACCUCGAGUUACUCCACAGAGAAACCGGGACUCGACUGUAAUUCCUCCACUUCAAACACCAAACAUAACUGAUGCUAGACAUCACAGGCAUUGGCAAAAAGUACUAUCCCACGUAGCUGGACUACAACUUCGAACCAUGCAUUUGCCUUUACCUUCAUAUGGUACUGUUCUCGGUGGGACAAUGGAACUUCAAGGCAACAAUAUUUCUUUGGCUUGUUUCCAUGGUAUUAAUUUCAAGAGCAAAUCUUGGGCUUUAUUCAGUUUGAAGGAACCGUGCAUUAACUUUAAUACGGAAAGUCAGGAGAUCCCAGCGAAUACCGUAGGAGAUGAAAUUCCAAAACAAGAUGUACACGUAGUUCAAACUUUGACGUGCAGCUUGGGUCUCAGUACUUAUAAAACUCAUUUGUCAAUGGCUACUGUUUGUAAAGUUUCCAGAAGCGUUAUUUUUCCACCGCAGUUCAAAACGCUUCAAGAGUGGUUCCAUUAUGCAUUUGCAAACAGUCAAAUAGAUGAAGUGGACAAAUUUCCAUCAUUGGAAAGAGAAAAAAUGGAUGGAUCAAUGGAACGAACAAGAGGUUCAAGUUCCUCUCCAAAGAUGGCUGAUCACAAUCACACCAGGGAGGUUAUUUUCGCCCUUCCGAGUUUACAAUUUCACCUUAAAACUGAGCAUUUGCAAACAGCAGAUUUGCCAGAUCUAUCAGGUGAAAAGCCGAUGGUCGACUGCAGCUUUAUAACAGAAUUUGAAGAUCACAUUUUCGUCACAGUAGAUGCGGAAGCUUUCUUCUUUCUACACGAUUUAAUUAGUUCUUACGUUAAAGAAAAAGAAAGGGUGCUUAGUGGUAUCGAAAGAAGGUCGAACAUUGAUCAAGAAAAACCGAAAUCCUUAAGCGAGACUCCAAAGAAAGGAUCAAUAGAUGUAGAUAUUUUCGCAAAAGAUUGGCGUAAUUAUAAUUGCAAAACGUGGCAUCUUGAACCGACUGUACGCCUUCUGAGUGUAGCCGGAAAAUAUAUAGAACCGUAUGGUAUUGAUUAUAUUCUUCAGAAAUUGGGAUUUUCCCAUGCUCGAACCACCAUUCCGAAGUGGAUGCAAAGAGGAUUUAUGGAUCCACUUGAUGCCAUUUUAGCCGGUUUGACUUUGAGGAUGGUUCAAGUGGUAAAAGGAGAUGGAAAUAAAGAGAAGGAAGAAAAACGUGCGAUUGAAGGAAAAAAGUGAUAGUUUUUUUUUAGGUUAUAUGUCGAUAAAUAUUUUCAGGAGUUACCAGUAUAUUAGAAUCAAUUUAGAUUAAAUUUGUGAUAUAUUGGGUUGUGUUCCAAGGGAAGUUAAAAGAGGCGAGAGGGCAAUAGAGUGGUGAGGAAAUUACGUAGACUAUAUAGUAGAUUUCAAUACGUUAUUAAUGCUAAUUAAGCUAUUUAUGAUUACACUUCGUUAUUUUUGUAUUUAUUUUGAUGACUGAAAAUUAUGUUAUAUUCAUUAUUUAAAAUAUAUGUAUACCUAGAUA